AUGGAGAAAACACGCUGUGUUGAAAAAGAUAUUCGAGCACGUAUUGAAUAUAUUCCACGUGCAAAUGCGGCUGCUCAAAAGACAAAGCCUACUGCUAGUCAAGAGCAAAUUUCCCCUCCAACAAACAUGACCAGCACACUUGCUGUGGAUUAUCUGCCUUUGACUUCUUUAAAACCAGCGCCAAUCAAUGCGUCGACAAAACGAAGCAGUGAUGAAUCCCAUAAAAAGCCGAAAAUAAAUCGCCUAUCAUCAGUUAACAUGGUCUCACCGAUAUCUCCUCCAAUUGAGAAUCUCAAUACUCCAGAAGCGAAAAAAAUCCCGUAUAAUAAUAGGCUCUGGAGUUGGUAUAACCAGUUGACCCCAAAACAAAAGUUUUUUCUGAAGGUAAUUGGUAUAAUCUCCAUAAUAACAGUCAUCCUUAUCAUAAUUAUUCUACCUGUGUAUUUUACAGUUAUUCGUCAAAACUCGGAGUCUUCUUUCACUAAUAUUACGGUUUCGGUUUGUUCGAAUUCAACAUGUAUUGGACGAGAAACACCCUACCGUACGACGAUUAUCACUGUUCUUUAUCAAUUCGACGGCAAUUAUAAUGAUCUAACAGGAUAUGCAACAGGUACACCGUAUGGCUCACCAGUAUUAUCGGCUAGUAAUCCAGGAUAUAUAAGUCAAGCAGUUUAUUUGCCCGCUGGCAGCCAACAGUAUAUUCAAAUACCGUAUGUCAAUCUAUCCCUGCGAAGUUUUACGGUACAAACAUGGGUAUAUCCAACAGUAAUUAGUGCCGGGAACGAUCUGGGUAUAUUUAGCCAAUGUGAUUCAAACUCUAUUUGUCUAUCGUUAAGUAUACGAUCUGGGAGGGUGGCACUCUCAUUUGAUGCAAUGAACGCGUCAAGUAAUGUAUUGAUUGGUACGACUGUGCUUUCAACAAAUAAUUGGUUUCAUGUGACGUUGGUGUACGAUUUAAAUCGACUGCAACAGCAGAUCUAUGUUAAUGGAGAGAUCGAUGCUAUUUCAAGUGGUAUUGUCAAUCCAUUUCGAGCAACGUCAACAGGUUCAGUCACAAUCAUUGGAAAAACGUCAUCGGUGUCCUAUGGACCUUCAUACUAUUUCGGAAGGAUCGAUCAGUUCACCAUUUCAGCCGGUUCUACACGCACUACCUGUCAAAUAUACAACGACGCGACAUUAGUAGUCUACUAUCCGUUUGACUCAAAUGGCACUUGGAACGAUUACAGUUUUAAUCUGUGUAAUGGUGUUGCAUCAGGAAUGAAUGCAGUUUCCAUUGGUCGUGUUGGUCAAGCUGUAUCCUUUACGUCAAGUACCAGUUACUUUCAAGCUCUGUGUUAUCCUCGAUUACGAAAUUAUGAACAAUCUUUUUCCUUCUCGUUAUGGAUCAAUCCGACCAGUAGCACUCCAAGCGGUACUAUAAUACAUUUGUCUACGAUGGCAAAUGGAUCAGGCACUUGCUAUGAUCUUCUUGCUUUCGCAUCGUCAGGAGCUUUAGUUUGUCAAUGGAUGCAACCCGGUCCAAAUGUAAAUAGUACUAUGGGACCCAUUAUACCAUCAAAUACAUGGACACACAUCGCUGUAGUUUACAAUAAUGUAAACGGUAUACGUUUGUUCGUCAACGGACAAUUUGCAACGUCAUCAUUGAAUAUUGGUACUCUUAGUUUACAAGAUUUAAAUCCAGUGGCCUACAUUACAUUAGCUAAUGUUGGUUCGGUAGGACCACCGGUUCCUGCUAGUUGCUUAGCGGGUAGUAUACCCAUUUCCUCGGGAUCUUUCAUCGGUAUGAUGGAUGAAUUUCGAUUGUAUAAUCGAGAGUUAGACUCGCAAGAGAUUUGCGUACUUGCUGGUCUGUAA